UUGUUGGCUAAGAAAGGAAAAAAAUUGAAGAGCAGUCACCAUCAGAGCUAACAAAUCCAACUGCUUCUCCUCACUCCAUUGCUGCAUUUCAUCACCAAAUUGAUUUCAUUUCAUCGCAAACUCCGCCUCCGCCUCCGCCGCCAUGCAAGCCCUCCAAUCCACCGCCUUCCUCCACCCCUCCCCGCUCGAAACCCUCCGCCGCUCGCGGCAGCACUCCGCCGCUCUACCCAGCUACAAUGCCAGAGCCACAGCUAAGAAGAGGCGCCCUCUCACAGUCUCCGCAUCGACGGCCGCGGCGCCCAAGCGCGAGACGGACCCGAAGAAGCGCGUGGUGAUCACGGGAAUGGGGCUCGUCUCCGUGUUCGGGAACGAUGUGGACGCCUACUACGAAAAGCUGCUGGCCGGUGAGAGCGGCAUCACUCUCAUAGACCGCUUCGAUGCCUCCAAAUUCCCCACGCGAUUCGGCGGGCAGAUUAGGGGCUUCCAGGCGGAGGGAUACAUCGAUGGCAAAAACGAUCGGAGAUUGGACGAUUGCUUGAGGUACUGCAUUGUUGCGGGGAAGAAGGCGCUCGAGAGCGCGGAUCUCGGCGGCGAAAAGCUUGACAAGAUUGACAAGAUUCGAGCGGGUGUUCUGGUUGGGACAGGAAUGGGAGGUCUUAGUGUAUUUUCUGAUGGUGUUCAGGCUCUAAUUGAGAAGGGUCACAGGAAGAUUACUCCAUUUUUCAUACCUUAUGCCAUAACGAACAUGGGAUCUGCAUUGCUAGCAAUUGAUCUUGGCUUGAUGGGCCCAAACUAUUCGAUUUCAACGGCUUGUGCUACUUCAAAUUAUUGCUUUUAUGCGGCUGCGAAUCACAUUCGUAGAGGUGAAGCAGAUUUGAUGGUAGUAGGUGGGACUGAAGCUGCCAUUAUUCCAAUUGGACUGGGAGGUUUUGUUGCAUGCAGAGCUCUAUCUCAAAGAAAUGAUGACCCGAAAACUGCUUCUAGGCCAUGGGACCAAGAUCGAGAUGGCUUUGUGAUGGGUGAAGGUGCUGGAGUCUUGGUUAUGGAAAGUCUGGAACAUGCAAUGAAGCGAGGUGCGCCAAUAAUUGCAGAGUAUUUGGGCGGUGCUGUAACUUGUGAUGCUUAUCACAUGACUGAUCCCAGGGCUGAUGGGCUUGGUGUAUCUUCAUGCAUCUUGAGUGCCCUUGAAGAUGCAGGUGUUUCCCCUGAGGAGGUUAACUAUAUAAACGCCCAUGCAACUUCCACUCUUGUUGGUGAUUUAGCCGAGAUAAAUGCUAUCAAGAAGGUAUUCAAGGACACUAGAGAUAUAAAAAUUAAUGCAACCAAGUCGAUGAUAGGGCACUGCCUAGGUGCUGCCGGUGGUUUGGAAGCCAUAGCAACCGUGAAAGCCAUCACAACAGGCUGGCUUCACCCUUCAAUAAAUCAAUUUAAUCCAGAGCCUUCUGUUGAGUUCGACACUGUUGCAAACAAGAAGAAGCAACACGAAGUCAAUGUUGCGAUUUCAAAUUCAUUUGGAUUUGGCGGGCACAACUCCGUUGUAGCAUUUUCUGCAUUCAAGCCCUGAUCAUGUUAGAAAUCUACCAUAUACACGGCUGAUCAGAGGCGCUCUCUCGUCUGAUUUCGCACUCUGGGAAAAUCCAAACGAGGGAUUUUUGCAUUCUUUGCUGUGAGUUUAGCUUUUAGUUUGAGGACUAUUGUAAUUUAUCAGUUUCAUGAAUGUAGAUACUGCCGGGUAAUUCAAAUCAACUUACACUGCACAACGUUUGAAUUAUCACCAUUCAUCAAUUUUCCUUA